GGCUGCUGACAUCGUUGCUUACGUUCACCCUUCCAUCGCCGUCUCCAACCCUAAUAGCUGCUCACAAUGUCACGUCUCCUCUCGUGUUUGCCGUUCUCCGACGCACGCUGGUUUCGAUGGGGUGGAAAGGCAUACUCGGCUUCGAUUACGGCGUCGUGCAGGGACCCCUCGGCCCCGACGUCUCCGGUCCGGAACUCGUAGCUGCCGUCGCUAACGCCGGGGCCAUCGGUAUCCUCCGAGCCCCCGAUUGGGAGGCACCUGACCAUCUAAGGGAGUUGAUACGGGAAACUAGAGCCCUGACAGACAAACAAUUUGGUGUUGGCAUUGUUCUAUCAUUUCCACACAAAGAAAAUUUGAAAGCUGUGUUGGAUGAAAAGGUUGCAGUAUUGCAAGUUUCAUGGGGAGACUUCCCAAAAGAGCUUGUUUCUGAAGCUCAUCGUGCAGGUGUCAAGGUCAUUCACCAAGUUGGUUGCAUUGAAGAUGCCAAGAAAGCCAAGUGUGCUGGUGUGGAUGCAAUUGUUGUUCAAGGUCAUGAAGCAGGUGGACAUGUACUUGGUCAGGAUGGAUUGAUCUCUUUAUUGCCGAGAGUAGUGGACUUGGUGUCAGAUUGUGAUAUUCCAGUCAUUGCUGCAGGUGGCAUUGUAGAUGCACGUGGUUAUGUAGCUGCACUGGUUCUUGGUGCUCGAGGUGUCUGCCUUGGAACUAGGUUUCUUGCUACUCUUGAAAGCUUUGCACACCCUCAUUAUAAGCAAAAGCUGAUUGAAUCUGACAAAACAGAGUUUACAAAUAUAUUUGGCCGUUCAAGAUGGCCCGGUGCACCACAACGUGUGCUACAAACACCUUUUUUCAAUGAAUGGAGGCAUCUACCAGAACACGAAAAUGAGGAAAAUCAACCUGUCAUUGGUCUCUCAACAAUUCAUGGUGUGCCAAAGGAGAUACGUCGGUUCGCUGGUACUGUUCCAAAUCCGACAACAACGGGUAAUGUUGAUUGCAUGGCCAUGUAUGCUGGUGAAGGUGUUGGUCUCAUCAAGGAAAUCCUGCCUGCUGGUGAAGUGGUGAAGUCAUUAGUCGAGGAAGCACAAUACAUCAUUCAGCAGAAGUUUUCUCAUGGUUAAAUCCAAGCAACUCGGAGGAGUGUUGUUUGCACCUCCUGUCUUAAGUUCUGAUACCGAUCUGUUUUGUGGGUAUCUUCCCACAUCAUAAUGUUAGUGCAUGAGGAUCCUGAUUACAAUAUUUGUUUGUCUAAAAUAUUAUCAAAGCUUUUUUGGCGUAACGCUUUUAA